ACAACAAGAGCUCGACAUAAAACUCAUUCUUGCCUUGUCUCUUAAGCCAUUUCCUUCUUUCUCUUAACCUAAUUCUAGAACAAAAGAGAUAACAAAAUGGAACACGCUUCGACCGUGAGAUUCUCUAGCUGUCGAGGUGUUGCGUUUGAGAUAAAACCUCAUGCAGAUCCUUUUGCUGUCGUUACGAUCGAUCAAAACCGCAACGCAAACUUUGAUCGUGAGGGAACAAGCAGCAGGUUUCGACGUCCAUGGGAUUUCUUGAGAAACCCCUCGAAAGUUUUCCCUUCAUCGAUUCAACACUCCAUGAGCCGAGCCAGCAGCCAUUUCUGCGAUCUGGACUCCGACAUGGACGAUGACGAAGAAGACAAAGAUGAUAUUUUCUACCUAGAAGAAGGUGGGAUCAAGGAAGGAAACGAAGAACACAGUGAGACGGACGAGAAGCCUAUCCUUACAUCUUCCCUAAGCAAACACAGCGAGAAACCGCAGCAACCACCGGUCCCAAAGAAACGUCCUUCAAGACUCUCCAUCAUACUUCUUGAUCAAGGGUUAUUCACUGUGUACAAGCGUCUCUUCGUCCUUUCGUUGUCUCUGAACGUCCUAGCUCUUGUUCUCGCGGCCACGGGAAACUUUGCUUACGCAAGAAACAGAGCAGCUCUGUUUUCAAUCGCCAAUAUUCUUGCCCUAACUCUCUGUAGAAGCGAAGCCUUCUUGAGAAUCGUUUUCUACCUAACCGUAUACCUCCUCGGACGCUCCUUUGUCCCUCUCCGCAUCAAAAUCGCGGUCACAUCACUCUUACAAAGCCUCGGUGGCAUCCACAGCGGCUGCGGCGUUUCCUCCAUAGCUUGGCUCAUCUAUGCACUGGUUCUCACACUUAAAGACAGAGCCAACACUUCAAACGCAAUCAUAGCAGUUGCGUCUGCGAUUCUCUGUCUCCUCUUCGUCACUUGUGCUGCUGCGUUCCCACUUGUUCGCCAUUUACACCACAACGUCUUCGAACGCAUCCAUAGAUUCGUCGGCUGGUCCGCUCUAGGACUUGUUUGGGUGUUUAUAAUUCUGACGAUUUCAUACGAUCCAAUAUCAAGAUCCUACUCCGAUAAUCUCGGCUCGAAGCUGAUCAAAACACAAGAGUUUUGGUUUACGCUAACAAUCACGAUCGCGAUUUUGCUCCCUUGGUUAACCGUGAGACGCGUUCCGGUUGACGUAUCAUCUCUCUCUGGCCACGCGUCGCUGAUCAAAUUCGGAGGAGGUGUGAAAUCAGGGAUCUUGGGUCGGAUCAGUCCAUCGCCGUUGUCGGAAUGGCACGCUUUUGGGAUAAUAUCCGAUGGUAAGACAUCGCACAUGAUGUUGGCUGGUGCUGUCGGCGACUUCACCAAGUCCUUAGUCUCAGAGCCUCCAACACACUUAUGGGUCCGUACGGUUCACUUCGCUGGCUUACCCUAUCUAGUUAACUUGUAUGACAAGGUAUUACUAGUGGCUACUGGUUCAGGGAUUUGCGUAUUUUUAUCGUUUCUAAUGCAACCGAGUAAGGCUGAGGUAUAUUUGAUAUGGGUGGCAAAAGGAUUAGAUGAUAAUUUCGGGUCGGAGAUUGUGAAUAGGCUUAGAGAUUAUCCUCAUCAAGACAGGCUCAUAGUUCACGACACUGCGGUUCUAGGACGACCCAAUGUAUCGGAAAUGACCGUGGAAGCUUCCAAGAAGUUUGGAGCUCAAGUUGUUAUUGUUACAAGCAAUCCUGAAGGAAGUCGCGAUGUUGUUAAUGCUUGUAAGGCUUCUAGUGUUCCUGCUUUUGGUCCUAUUUGGGAUUCUUAAUUACAUUACACUACUCUUUUAUUUUAUUUUAUUUUUUUGGGUAAUUACUUCUCUGGGGCUACGUUAUUUAGUUCUUUGUCGGUUAUUUAACAAUGAUGUAAACUUCAGACUUGUAUGAUAUUUUCGCAAUAAAUGAAAUCUUAUCAAGAGUAAAGAGUUAAUAAGA